CCCUCCCUCUCGAUAGUCGUAGGUCUCAUGCUGGUCUUCCGCAACCAAACAUCCUACAGCCGGUUCUGGGACGGGCGCAACAACAUGAACACGAUCUACACGAGCGUGCGCAACCUGGUGCGCACGAUCGUCACGAACGGCUACAGCACCGCGGGGCCUCCCACGGCCGCCGAGAAAGAGGACAUCGAGCGCACGAUCCGCAUCCUCAUGGCCAUUCCCUUCGCCGUCAAGAGCCAUCUGCGCGCGGAAUGGGGCGCCGCGUGGGCGCUCGGCAACGACGUCGCCGAGAACGGCGUCGUCGCGUUUAACCCGGACUAUGCGAGUCUGCUGCCCGAGGGCUUGGUGGGCCAUGAGGAUGAGGGACUGGGGUUGCCGUUUCAGUUGACGUUUUUCGUGGACGGGUUUGUGAAGCGCGGUGUCGAACGGGGGUGGUUCAAUGCGCCCGGGGCGAGUCAGAUGCAGGCGCAGUUGAAUUCGUUGACGGAUGCGUAUGGCAAGAUGGAGACGAUUAAGUUGACCCCCAUUCCGGUGGCGCAUUUGAUCCAUCAAAAGCAGGUCCUUGCCCUCUUCGGCUGUGUUCUUCCCUUCGGCAUGGUAGAUGACAUGGGCUGGUGGACUAUCCCCAUGGUCAGUCUUGUCAUCUUCACGCUAUACGGUAUCGAAGGCAUCGGUUCGCAGCUCGAAGACCCCUUCGGAUACGACCGAAACGAUAUCAAGAUGGAUGCCAUCGUCGGCGACGCCAAGACCGAGAUCGAGGUCGUGCUGACCGAGUGGCGAAGACUGAUGGCGUCGCUUGAAGUACCUCCUACCGAUCAAAACAUCGAUGACAGUCCCGUUUCCAACGGCAGGCAGGAGGAAAAGGGGGAUAAGUUCGUUCCGCCGGAUAUGUUUCUGACGAACCGGGCGCGAAGGUCCUGAUGAUGAUAGGUAGUAGGGGUUGGGUUCGUAUUGUCUUCAAACUGACCGCUGAGGGGGUUCAACGAGGCUGUGGGGGAGUGGGUUCGUAGAUUUAUGCCGCUAACGAUGGAAUUUUUAUGUGAAACAUGUAUAUACCGGACUGGGCCAUUAUCGAAGCAUGCGUAAGAGACGAACAGUUGUUAUAAAGGCGCCUCCAGCGUGAGCACUCCGUCUAAUAUCGAGUCUGGGUUGGCAUACUCCAGCACCUGCGACACGGCUUUGAAAUCACUCCCGUACUGCAAGCUGCGAUCUUCCUCGGGGCUU